UGCUCCCUGCAGUCAUAAAGAGGUGACGAACGUCGUGUCUCGACACCACACACAACACCUCUGACAUCCCAUUCUCCGUCACCAUUAUCACACAAUCGAUAACAAUGUCAACCUAGUUAUCAUCUUCUGUACAUACACAUUCCCAGCCUCCCAGCGCGCACACGAUACGGUACCAAUGAUCCGCUACGCCACCUCGCCGCGGCCACCGCCCAUCGACGACGACGCAACCUCUCCGCACCUCUACCACCGUCCGCGCCCCACCUCGCAAGCGCACCAACGCAGCACACCCUUCAACUUCCUGCAAUCGCUGUGGCACAACUACACUUCCCGGCGGCGGCACCGACGGCGUAGCUCCACGCUCCCGGGAUGGAGCGGGCUCACCGCGCUGAUCACGAUCAUCUGGCUGCUUCUCGUUGUCUACUACGAGCGGUACAUCUGGACGUCCUCGAUCGCGGCGUGCCAAUGGGAUUCGUGGGAGCGGUGGCCGGCCGGCGCGACGCCGCACCGCAUAGUCCUCGUUGCUGACCCCCAGCUCGUCGAUAUACACACGUACGCGCGCCGCGGCGCCUCGCUCGCCGCUACGAUCUUCUACAGCGAUAAGUACCUGGCCCGCGCGUGGUCGCUGCUGCAUCAGGAGCUCGUUCCCGCUGAGGCGUACUUUCUCGGCGACCUGUUUGAUGGCGGGAGGGAGUGGGGGACUAGUGCGCGCUUGGGAGAGAAGGAGAAGGGGAUAGGACAUGAUCCCCAUGAGGUCGGGGAUUGGCGGAAAAAUGGUAUGGAGUAUUGGAUCGAGGAGUUCAGGCGCUUCGAGGGGAUCUUUGGAGCCCCUGCGGGCGUUAGGAUGAAGAGGGGAAUGCCCGGGAAUCAUGAUUUGGGGUUUGGUGGCGGGGUUAAGUUGAGUGCCCGCGGACGGUUUUCGGCGUUCUUUGGCGAAGGGAAUGAUCGCUGGACGGCGGGGAACCAUACCUGGGUCAUGGUCGAUGCCGUGUCGCUGAGCAAUGAGGCGGAUCCCGAGAUCUAUGCCGAGGUGCAUGAAUUCUUGGAUGGACUCGACACGGUGACAGAGGGUGGGGGCAAGUGGCCGCAGGUCGUCGAGUCGAAUCCAGUUGCUGCGACGCCGCCGCCGCCGACUACACCGCCGACCUCGCAGCAGCCGACAGUGUUGCUGACACACGUGCCGUUGUACCGGGAGAAGGGAACGCCCUGCGGCCCGCUACGCGAGAAAGGCACCGCCAUCCCGAUCUGGAAGGGAUACCAAUACCAGAACGUGUUGACGCAGGAGCUAUCCUCCACGCUGCUGAAGAAGACGCACGCGAAGUACGUCUUCUCCGGCGACGACCACGACGCCUGCGACGUCACGCACAUGUAUGGACCGCAGGGCCUCGUGCGCGAGUGGACCGUCAAGAGCAUCAGCUGGACGAUGGGCGUGCGCCGCCCCGGGUUCGAAAUGGUGUCGAUGUGGAACCCCGGAACAACAACAACGACGACGGAGGCACCCCCGCUGCCCCUGGAUGACGACGCCCCCGCUAGGGUCCCCGAGACCCCGGCUGAGCUCACGGCGCGAUUGGGCCCGGAUGAUGAGCGGAAUACGGAGCAUCUGGCGCCACCGCCCCCGGAGGUCCACGGCGACCAGGACACCCUGCACAGCCAUCUGUGUCUGCUGCCUGAUCAGAUCGGGAUCUUCCUGACUUAUCUGAAGUGUCUUGCUGUCACGGUUAUGAUUGUGUGUCUGAAUGUCUGGUGGACUCGGCGGGACAGGAGGGCACGCAGGGAGGGCGGUGCGGUCGAGGUGCUGCCCAUGGCGCAGACGUGGAAGGGCAUGUCGGUGCGCGAAGACGGCGGCCAGGGGAAAUACUGGAAGCCACGGCCGAGGCAGGCGCUAGGGCGGUUCUGGUGGGUGACUGAGAUUGUUGUGGAGAUGGGACGUAUGGCGGCCGUCGCGGUUGCGUUCUAUGCAGUGCUGCUCUGGCGGUGGUAAGAUGCUGGAUGUACUUGUAUGGAUUUGGUUGCGUGCGUGUUGGAAUACCACCCUUGGAGAAUAUGAUGCUUUCUUUUCGUGGUGGAAAUAUCUAUGCAGCGUGGUCUAUUGAUCGGGAU